AUGAAGCCGAGGAUGAAGCUCUGGACGGCGGCCCUGGAGCCCUCGCAGCUCCCGCUGCCCCGGUUGCCCGAGGUUGCCCUGUGCGGGCGCUCCAACAGCGGCAAGUCGACCCUGGUCAACUUCCUCUGCGGGCGGUACAGCGCGAAGGUGAAGCGCGAGCCCGGGUCGACGACGGAGCUCGUGUUCUGGCAGAUUGGGCGGCCCGCGCAGCUCUGCCUCGUGGACCUGCCCGGCUACGGGUUUGCGACGUCGCGGGAGAUGACGCGCCUGCAGUGGACGGAGUUCACGCUGUGGUACCUGCGCUUCCGGAAGAACCUGGCGCGCGUGCUCCUGCUGGCAGACGCGCGCUGGGGUCUGAAGCCCGCCGAUAAGGAGGAUCGGCGGAUAUCAUACCUGGAGCGUCACAAUGUGAAGUGGCAGCUGGUGCUCACAAAGUGUGACAAAGUGAAGUCGAAGGAGCUCGCCAAGCGCAUCACAAUGCUGGAGGAUGAGAUGAAGGACUAUCAAAGGAUGGCGGGUUCGCCCAUACCCAUCAGCGCGCUGAAGCAGAAGGGGAUGGACCGCCUUCGGGAGGAGCUAGGCAAGCUCAAAGUCCAGAAGCAGAUCGUGAAGGAUGGCAUCAGGAAGCGCGUGUACGACCUCUUGGAGAUGCGGCGCAUCAGGAGGGCCGAGAGGGCCAGAGUGCGGCGCGAGCAGCGGCGGCAGGAGGAGGAGGAGGCGGAGGCGAAGGCCGCCGCCGAAGCCAUAGAGAACGAGGAGGUCGAGCCCACCCACGUGGGCGCCCAUGGUGCGGAGACGCCCGACGGCGCUGAGACCGCUCCGGCAGGCAGCCCGCUGCACGACGCGCUGAGUGACUGGGGUCUCGGGGAAGCCUCGGAGCGCGCAGGCGACACUGAAAGUAGAGGAGGGGCAGCCAGCCAGGCUGUGGCUGACUACAGGGUGGAAGAGAAGCACUACACCCUGGACGACCGCGACUCCCUGCGCGUCAGCGAGCUCAUGAGCUCGCUGUUCCCAGACCUGUCGGACCUGAGACCGGAGGCGGUGCGGGAAGAAGGAGGCCCCUCGGCCUCCCUGGGCGCAGCCCCUGCCGACAGGCUCUCGGCUCGGCCGCCGCCGGCAGGCUUGGGCCUCGCGCUCGCCGACGCAGGCGUGCCCGGGGACCCGAUGGGCUGCAGCGACGAGGAGAGCGACGGCCCCGUGGUGCUGCCCACCGUCAUCCGCUUCGACCCCGCGCCGCGGCACGCGGGCGCGGGAGGCCCCGCGCAGCGCGCCCCGGCGCACGCCUCCGGCGCCGCCCCGCUCUUCCCCGGCCUCGCACCGCGGCCCGUCCGCGCCGCGGCACCCCCGCUGCAGGCGCGGCUGACGCCCGAGUCCGAGUGGCUGCGCCCUGGGCGGCACAAGGACCAGCUGUACGACCCGGACGACUUCGCGUCGCCGGACGACGUGGCGUCCGGGUUCCGCGGGGGCGCGCCCCCCACGCCGGACGCCGCGCGGCCUGGCGCGCUCAUCCAGGAGGCCCGGAGGCGGUACGAGCGCGAGUGGGCGAUGGAGCUCGUGGACAUCGAGAAGUCCCGCGCAGGCGCCGUGGACGUCGGCGGCGGCGACGGGGUCGCCGCGGGCGCCGGGGCGGCGCGUGCAGCCGCGAGGCGCGGCAGGCGCGAGAGGCAGGUGCUGCCCUACAUCUCGCAGGGGGGAGGCGAGCUGGCGCCGACCGAGCGGAAGAGCAUGGCCAGGUGGCGGAUCCUGGGGCGGCCGCCGUCCGUCGUGCUGAAGAAGAGGAGGGAGCGAGACGUGAGCAGCCAGAUGGGCGUCAAGGACCUGCGGGGCCGCAAGCGCAACGACGGCGGCGGCCUCUCCUGGGAGGAUGCCCGGAAGAAGUGGCUGAACUGGUACGAGCGGAACAAGAGGAAGAAGUGGGACAAGGUGUCGCAGGCCGAAUCGCCGAGGAGGGAGGACGUGGAGGCCAGGUUCGUGGAGGAGCGGCAGAGGCGCCUUCGCCUGCCGGGUUUCCGACGCGGCGGGCGGCCGAAGGACGCGGCGCCGGGGGGCGGCGGGCUCGAGGAGGGCGCCGCGUGA